AUGAAAGUGUUCACUGUGAAGAAUCUGCACCAGAAUAUAGAGCAUGGGAUCUGCAUCGAAGGAGCAGAGGUCCUGGCUGGUAUUCCCAGUGUUACACAGUCAUGUCUGUUGUCGUUCACCUUCCUCCACUACACACUGGCCUUCACCUCUGUGGUGCUGUUCUACAUCUACUACACCCAGCCUAAAGACUGCUCCGAGCACGAGGUCUUCAUCAGCCUCAACCUCAUCUUCAGCGUCAUCAUCUCCAUCGUCUCCAUCCUGCCCAAAGUACAGACCGGGCCCAGCCUGGUCUGCUCCAGGCCUCUCAUCUCCCUCUACACCAUGUAUGUCACCUGGUCCGCCUUGACCAACAACCCAAACCGUAAGUGUAACCCCAGCCUGCUAAGUCUGGUGUCAAAUGUCAGCUCCAGCGAGCCCACACCCACCAGUGCCCCAGCACAGGUGCAGUGGUGGGAUGCCCAGAGCAUUGUGGGUUUGGUCAUCUUCCUCUUCUGCACUCUCUAUGCCAGCAUACGCUCGUCCAACAACACUCAGGUGAACAAGCUGAUGCAGACCGAGGAAGGCGGGGGUUAUGGAGAAGAGGGCGAGGUAGGGGAGGACAAUGUGCGAGGGGCUGUGAAUAAUGAGGGUGAGGGGGUCACCUACAGCUACUCCUUAGUCCACUUACACUUCUGCCUGGCCUCCCUCUACAUCAUGAUGACACUCACCAACUGGUACCAGCCAGACAUCACCAGCCAGGCCAUGCAGAGCAGUAUGCCAGCUGUGUGGGUGAAGAUCAGCUCCAGUUGGCUGGGCCUGGGCCUCUAUCUCUGGACCCUGCUCCCCCCUCUCAUGUUUCCUGACCAAGACUUCAGCUGA